AUGGGGAGGAAAAAGCCCACAACCAAGGUGACAAAGGCGAAGCCGCCUAAACCUGACGCACCCGCUGCUCAAGCCAGCGGAGCAAGGACGAGAUCGCAGGGACCACCUCCAAAGGCGCCGACUCAGCAGCCUUGGCUACCCUCCGGAAGGCCGCGGCGCCAGGACCUUCAUCCAGUACAGGAUCCACAGGCUCCAGCGGCAAACGCAACACCUCCCACAGUGCGCCAGCCACCGCCGCGCGCACGUGCGCCAGCUGCAGCGCGCCAAAUUCGGGAUCGCGCUGGACAAUCUCCCGCGUCUGAAGAGCAUGAUGGAGCUGCUCCAACACAGCAGCCACGCCAGCCACACAAUGGCAAAACUGCAACAGCCGCGAAUCAGCAGGAGAAGCGCACCAGGGAGGGCCCCAACCACCAUCACGCGGGCGACGAGACCACGACACCCCCCAGGGAUCAGCAGGCGGACCAGGAGGCGCCGAUGGCGAUAAACGGGGAGGAGGAGGAGGGGGGAGGGGAGAAGGUACCGGCGGCGGCAGAGACUGAGGCCCCACAGGGGGGGGCGGCGGCGGCACCACAGGAGGCUGCAAGGGCGGCUGAGAUUGAGGGAGGGCAGACGGAGGACAUAGGGAGGCCUGCGCCGGCUGAGAGGGAGGCCCCUGAGGCGGAGGAACCGGUGGGUGGGGAACCGGCGGCAGAGACGGCUGCUGAGCCGCAGGAGGCGGCUGAAUCUGCGGAGGAUGAGAGGUUAGCGGCGGCAGAGAAGGACUCGGCUGACACUGAGAGACCGGCAGCUGGGCCUGCGGCGUCUGAGGCGCUAGAAGAGAGGCCCACGUCGGCGGCGGCUGCGGCGGCAAGCAACUCGGGCCGGAAGACGCAGACGGCGCCACCGGCUCAGCCCCGGGCAGCGCCACCGAUGGGGAGGAUAACAGGGCUGCCGGCACAGACAAAGGCUGCUGCUGUGACGAAGAAGAAGCCAGCGACGGCAACGGUCGAGGCGGCAGGGGCUGCGUCGAUGGUUGCGAGUGAGGCGCCAGUGGCACCUGCGACCGUGGGGCCUGAACCAAGGAUCGCGCCGACUGCAGGGCAAGCGACGGAGAUGGCCAGGGAGGGCGGCGGCGGCGGAAGGAUUGACCCCGGGCCCUUAGAUGCGGAUGAGUCCGCCGAUAAAUUGGCUCACGAGGCGCAGACGAAUCGACGCGUGCCUGAGAGGAACCGCCGCCAGAAGCCGCGGCCGCAACAACAUCAGCGGCGGCUCGGAGAAGGGCUGGCACCCGCCCGACCUGGGCCCCUUGUGGGUUGGACGCAUCAGGCAGAUCCGCCCCAGGCAGUCGCCGAGGUGGAGGGCGGCGACGACCAGUCAUCACCGCUGGAGAUCGCGGAAGAAGAGGCGGAGGCGCAGGAGGAGAGGGAGAGCGCCGCCGAAGAUGCAGAGGAGAGGAGGGCCGCGGCGAGACGCGGCCGCCACCAAGGGGGAACGAACCGGCAGCAGGCCCUGCUGGAGCAGGCCAACCGGAGAGCUGAAGGUCGACCGCCGGAAACCGUGGCGCCUGGGGCGGCAGCGCGAGGAGCGCGAGGGAGGGGCCGAGGCAGGGGAGGAGGCCUGGGAAACUUGGUACAAGCGGUAGCAAGGGAAAAGGCCAGAUCGGGGGACUGGCGGGAAAGACACAGAAGGCCGGAGCGGACUGGCACAAGACAGAACGCAAACCCAAUGAGGGGUGAGGAUGAAGGAAGUGAUGGGGAAUAUAUUGAAUCGGAGGAGAGGGAUUCUGAAGAUAUCUCCCUCGACGCAGAGGAGGGGAUCCCGAAUACAGGCGCAAACCAGGGACAGAGGAGGCCGCGUGGCCCACAACCAGCCCAGGAGGCCGAAUCAAGUGCACAGGCUAGCGCGAGGGCAGCAAAUAGAGAGCGCUCAGCAGCAGAUAUCGCGGAUGACGAGGCCACGUGGCAGAAGGUGAAGGAGUGGGACUUGUCACCUCUACGCAACAGUGCCCAGCCCUUCCUAGAACCCGACCUGCCAAGGAGCCUGGCGAAUGUUGCUAUUCCUGCCCCGACUCACACUGAGAGCUAA